CUUUUAUCGAUGUUUCUCCUCCACUCCUAAUAGUUAUUCGCGGCAGCUGUACCAAAAAAAUAAACAGAAUAAAAAAAAUCGGUAAAUAAAUGGUUAUAAGGUCGAAUAAUCCAUACAUUUUGGCAGCCAAUGCGAUGGCAGGAACAAGCUGAAGUCGCACUUAAGCAAAAUACGCAGGAGUCACCUCCGGCACAAUGGCCGCCACGCCGACUACAAUGCCUCGCAUUCGAGGAUGCGUAAUUAAAAUAAAACGCAUUAAGUUCGACGAAGGCGUAAUAGAAAAGGGGAAGGAGCCAGUUGCUAUCCCAUCGCUUGCCUCUCCAGCCGAGGCAGACGCUGGAGCAUGCGACACGAGUGUUUUUGAGCCAGCUCGCAACUCCACGAUGUGCGUUGCCAAAACACAAACAAGGCAAAAGAUGAACGCCACGGCAGCGGAUUUAACAAACUCAAAUAUUUCACCAUUUCGCAUUCGGGUCAAGAGAUUGCGCCUGCCCAAUCCCGAGCCAGUGGAGACAGUGCAGCCUACAACUACAUCGACAGUUCAAUUUCGCGUCAAUAGAAUCCCCUUGACUAAGCCGGCAGAGACAGCGACAUCAGUGCAGGGCACAUCACCAGUUCGAGUUCGGAUCAAAAGACUCCCCCUGGCUCGGCCAGCGGAGACGACAACAUCCGCGCAAAGUACAACGACGCAGGGUGAGCGAGAGAAACGGUUCUUCCACAGAGAUCAGCCAGCGCCACGAUCACGGUCUUCCGUCACGCGCAAUGUCUAUGAGUUCCUCUCUCAAUCUCAGAUUGAAGAUGAUACAAAUCGCGAGGAUCCUGCUGCUGAUAUAAUCAAGAAAAUGGUAAAGGCCGGGAGGGCGUGCCUAAUGGUGCGCUCCAAAAAGGAUGGCAGACAACGCGCCAAGCCCAUCAAGAAGGUUAGGCCAGUGGGGAAAAGAAGGCAAUGCUCUCUAAAAAAUUUGGAAAAUGCAAAGCCGCAGGAGACUCCGAUAGAGAAACAUAUGCCUAUGACGGCGGCCUUGUCGCCGAUUCUCGAGCCCGACAAUGAUGAGGAUAGCAGUGAUGUUGAAGCACCCAACGCUGGACCAUUUCAAGUAUCAGUGAGGGUGCAUAGCCCUCCACAGGCACGCUUAUCUGUCCAACGAAAGGCAUCAAUGCACCACCCCAACACAUCCGUAGUCGAAGGCGCCUACAGUCAUUUGGCACGUUCAGUAUUGCUUAAUGAAACCAAGGCACACGAUCCACAAAACUCAAUUGAGAGACGCCGCCAACUGGUGAAUAUGGCGCGCAAAUUCGUGAGCACACCGCUGAGUCGUAAGAGCCCAAACAACAAUGUCACGGCAUCGGCGAUUUCCCCAAUUCCCCGACAGACUGUGCUGUCCAGUCCUUCAGGUGAUGGAGGGGCCUCACCCUGGCGAGUUUCUGACGAAUCAGCCAUGCCGAAUACAUUUGUAUUCGGUUUCAAUACAUCCCAGCUGCCAUCGUAUUCCAGCGAUCAUAUUCAACGCCGCCAGCAUGUCUAUGUGCCAGACGAAGCAGCAGAAGCAGUGCCAGAGGAAGAGGAACCAGUCGAACAGAAUCCAGUCAACGAUGAGUCAAUUUGUCCGGCCCUGAAUGAGCACAGUCUGGGAUCGAAUGUAAACGAUUCGAACGAGGAAAAUAUGCCGCCGCCAGCUAGUGCAAAUAAGACGCUGACAAAAUUCAAUGAUCAGGAGGAUGUGGAGAACAUUGAAAACGUUGUACAUUUGCCAAAUCCACGCCGGACGCUGCAGGAACGUGCUCCAUUGAAAGACAUCAACAUAUUGGAAGUGGUUACAUUGCCAUCGUGGAAGAAAAAUAUCCAAACAGCACCAAUAACGCCCACGAAAGCAACUCUCACUACACCAGCUAGGGCGAGUUCUCCGGCGAUUCAGUCUUUCGGAUUCGAUGAGUUCUUGGAGCAGGAAAAUAGUCCCAAACGCUGCACCAAUUCACCACUAAAAAGGAACAAGACGGUCCACAAACCAAGUAAAUCCGGAAAUCUGUUUGGCUUUGAGGAAUUCAUCGAAGAGGAUGAAUCUGCCGCGUGUAGCUCUCAAUCCGCCGCCAAUCAAAAUGUGACGUUGCACGAGAAACUCCAGCGACUGAAGCAGCUGCGGCCAACGGGCAAGGAACUGCCUCAGGUUUCCAACGCUCCGCUGAGCCGUGAAGUCGAUCAUUUUGGUGAGUUGCAGCCAAGACAGCGCGACAUUCGGGACGUGCUGUGCUCCACCAUGUUGGCCGACACGCCGAAACGGCAACCUGCACUGGCUGCAGACGAGUCGGCUGGAUUAUUCAGAGAUUCCGAACCCGAUCCGGAGACAACAUUUGACGAAAAGGCACACAGACGCACUUAUGUGAAGGAGAAACCCAAGCGCAGGCGAAAGCAACGUGUCCAAGUGCUGUACAUCGACAGUGGAUCGUCCGAGGACGAGGACGGGGAGAACGAGCCGGACUCGCGUGAUAACAGCAUCGAAUCUCCAAGGAAAAAAGGCCCAGGGCCGCCAAAAAAACGAUCACGAAAAGAUAUCGAGCACGAGGCUAAAAUGCAGCAGUAUAUCACCAGCUUCAACAAGGAGUGCGAGGAGGUGCAGAAGUUUCCACUCAUCAUUGAAUAGCCCAUUGGAUUAUUGUUUUUUAUUGUUUUUACUUCCCCCUUCCAUCGAAGGAACUUUAAGUUAAUGAAGUUAAUCUAGCUAACAAUAUCAGUUUUUCGUAUAGGAUUACACCUUCAUUCUGAUAGAGUGCAUUAAUUAUUAUGUAAUAUCCAUUCCAUGUAAAUAACCGGUCAAUAUUUUGACUAAUCUGUGUUCUAACGGAAACGCCCAUCUUUCAAAAAUAUAAAACUGAAUUCUGUUCACACAAGUCCAAUGCCAAGAAGCGAGAAAAUAUAAUUUUGUCCACAGUGUCAAACAGCAUUAGUGGCGAUUGUGAAACAAUAUUCUGAUUUACAUUAAAAAAUUAAUUGAAUUUUUUUUUUUAAAUAUAAAAAUAAUUUAUUUUGGACUUCUAACUUAAAUAUUUAAAAUUGGUUGCUAACAUAAGACUUAAUCAAUUCAGUCGCUAAUACUCGGAAAGUCUAUGUUGGAGAUCAACCCAACAUCCUUAUCACUUUUUAAAACAUAAAAUGA